AUGCCACGCAGCAUCUGGAAGGGUCCUUAUGUGGCCGUUAGCCUACUUCAAGAUGUCGUGAACCUUGCGCGGAAGCAUCCCGAUUGGUGGAACAAGGGCCGCUUUUUGGGACAGAAAGCGCCGGAGGUCAUCAACACCUACAGCAGAGCUUCAGUCAUCCUUCCUGACUUCCUGGCAUGCCGCUUCGGUGUGCAUAAUGGGAAGAGCUUCACCAACUUGGAGGUGCAGGAGGCGAUGGUUGGCCAUCGGCUGGGUGAAUUUUCGCCGACGAAAGUGAUAGCGAAGCAUAAGGCUAAGGAAAGCACUUCGGUGGUGAAGAAGAAAAUCAACCCGAAGACAGGCAAGGCAGGGUAG